AUGGCAGGGGAGGUGAACAAGGUGACCUUUAAGGCCCCUUCCAAACUGAACCUUGCUGUGGGUGUGAACCAGAGCAGCCCUGUGGGCAGUGGCUCCUGCUUCUUCUCCAAACAAGAGACAAGAACAAUGUCUGCAGUUGCUCUACAGGAUCAUAUAAUACAAAAUCAUCAGCUGCAGGAUCCUUUAACAUCCUAAGUCAAGGACAAGGAAUACCAACAACUUUUACAAAUCCCAUGAAUAAAAGAAAUAGUCAGCGUAAUAGCAAAUACUGGACUAAGAAAAAAGAGCACCAAAGAGGAAGAUGCAAAAAAGGAGAAUAUUCUUGACCCCAGUGCUCCACAGCUGACAUUAGCCUUGAACACUUCCAUACAGUGCUGUCCAAUAUUCAGGAAGGAAUUUGCAAUUCGACCCAGGGUGCUGCAUUCAUGUUCCCAUUGUCUGAAAAUCUUUGAAAAAUUUACAAGUAAAAAUUGUCCCAUGUAUAGAAAAGAGCAGUAUCUGACAGGAGUAAUACAUGAUGGGGCAUGCUUAGUUAAAUUGAAUUAAUUAGAAUUGUCUUACAGAAUUUAAGCUUCCUGGAGGGGAUAUAUUGCUAGAAAAGAGUCUAAAGACUUAAGGGAAGCAGUGCCUCCUAAGGAUAGAAAAUUAAGAAAGCAACUAUUUGAAAAAAUGCUUUGCUGUAUUUGCUUCCUUGGUCUUUUUCCUUGGGGCAAUUCAGCUUCCUUAAACCAGAACUCCUGA